UGUCGUUGUUUUUGCAGCAGCAAGGCGGCAGCAGAGAAGGACAAGCAGGCGGCAGCGACGUCAAAGGUGGCGGCCGAGGAUGCGGGGUCUGGGUCGGACACAGAUUCUGAUGGCUCCAUUCCCGACCUGGAGGAGUCAGCGGCCGGCGGUCAUCCCAUCGACAUGGUCAGCAAGGCUAAGCAGUCGCGCGGCGAAAAGAAGGCGCGCAAAAUCAUGUCCAAGCUUGGGCUCAAACCUAUCCAAGGUGUUUCACGUGUUACCAUUCGCAAAUCGAAGAACAUUUUGUUUGUGAUCAACAAGCCAGAUGUCUUCAAGAACCCCGCCUCUGAUACCUACAUUGUUUUCGGCGAGGCCAAAAUCGAAGAUCUCAGUCAGCAAGCACAGGUGGCGGCGGCAGAGAAAUUCAAGGCGCCCGAGGCGUCGCCAGCCAGUGACGUCACAGGAGGAGUGACCACGGUUGUGGCGCCCAUCCAGGAGGAGAGUGAGGAGGAGGAGGAGGUGGACGAGACGGGCAUUGAAGACAAGGAUGUGGACCUGGUGAUGUCGCAGGCAAGCGUCAGUCGCGGCAAGGCUAUUAAAGCACUCAAAAACAACAAAAACGAUAUUGUCAAUGCCAUCAUGGAGCUAACUAUGUAAUCACACCUACUAUAUUAUAAACUACUUAUUUUCAA